UUUCCACCAGUGAAACGCAUCCCAACUCUUUUCCUCUUUUCACUGUGUCGACGCAGUUAGCCACCGGACCCGAGAGAGGAGAAGGAAAAGGACUUGCACAAUGGCUGGGGUGGCAUCAACGUUGGCCAAGAAGAGGGCUUUGGCCGCAGGAUUUGGCACUAAUGCCAAUGCGUCGAAGUACCUAAACCAGGACUUCGAGUCUCUCAGGAGCGAGUGUCUGAGUAGAGGUUCACUUUUCACGGAUUCCACUUUUCCAGCCGAACCUGCGUCCUUGGGAUUCAAUGAGCUUGGACAGAGCUCUUCCAAAACCAGAGGUGUGCAAUGGAAACGACCUGGGGAACUGGUGUCCAGCCCAGAGUUCAUCAUUGGUGGAGCCUCAAGAACCGACAUCUGCCAAGGCGGCUUGGGUGACUGCUGGCUCCUGGCGGCCAUCGCCUCUCUGACCCUGAAUGAAGAUGUCAUGGCUCGGGUUGUUCCUGCAGGACAAGGCUUUGGACGUGAAGAGUACGCUGGGAUCUUUCACUUCCAGUUCUGGCAGUUUGGUGAGUGGGUGGACGUGGUGAUUGAUGACCGGCUGCCGGCGAAGGAUGGAGAGCUGCUGUUUGUCCACUCGGCCCAGGGCUCUGAGUUCUGGAGCGCCCUGCUGGAGAAGGCCUACGCCAAGGUGAAUGGAUGCUAUGAGGCUCUCUCCGGAGGCUCUACCACUGAGGGUUUUGAGGACUUUACAGGAGGGAUAGCAGAGAACUAUGACCUGAAGAAGGCUCCCUCCAACCUGUUCCAGAUCAUCAGGAAAGCCCUGGCCUCUGGAGCCCUGCUGGGCUGCUCCAUCGAUAUCACCAGUCAGGCAGACUCAGAGGCCAUCACCAAUCAGAAGCUGGUGAAAGGACACGCCUACUCUCUGACCGGGGCUAUCGAGGUGAACUACCGCGGCCGCAAGGAGAAGCUGGUCAGAGUGCGUAACCCCUGGGGAACAGUGGAGUGGACUGGGGCCUGGAGUGACAACUCCUCUGAGUGGAACAGCGUGGAUGUUUCUGAGCGGGACAACGUGAAGGCAGACGAUGGAGAGUUCUGGAUGUCCUUCUCUGACUUCACGAGACACUACCAUCGUCUGGAGCUCUGCACUCUGACCCCUGACACCCUGACCACUGAUGACGUUAAACACUGGAGCGUGUCUAACUACGAUGGUUCCUGGAGGAAAGGUUCGACCGCUGGAGGAUGCAGGAACAAUCCCUAUGACCUAGACCCUGAACACCUUGUCUUCUCUGGGAUGACCUAG